UGUCGACAACAACCGGGACUGCGCAGCACAGGCGCACUCAGUCAGUCAGAUGCGGGGCUAGAAAACUAAUCCAACCUUUUUCGAGAUUAUCUCUUCCCUCCAUUUCUCAAACGGGAGGGGGGGAAACACAGCGGGACGCUUCCUCUCUUCUCGACUCGUCUGAUGUUACCUCGCGCCACCGACCUCUUGAUGAUGAUUUGGGAGGAAGAUGCGCCGGUUUGAAUUUUCCGUUGACCUUCGCCUCGGCUCAGCAGCAUCGUGCAAACAUUGCGAAGCGCCGCCGCUCCCUUUCAUCUCUCUAGAAACACAGGUGCUCAGCCGCUAGUCUCUUGAUCUUUCCUCUAAAUCAAUCAAGACCGAGGCAGAUGCCCCUCGCUCUGUCAUCCCGGCUUGUACUAUGGUGGAGUUUCCAUCCCUCAUUCCUUACUUGCCUCUCAUCCGCUUUCUGGUGCCUUUGGCGAUCACCAAUGUUGCCAUCGACCUCGGAGAGCAGGCCCUCAACAGGGGCAUAGCCACCGUCAAAGAGGAUGCGGUCGAAAUGCUGGCCAGCUACGGCCUGGCCUACUCCCUGAUGAAGUUCUUCACCGGACCCAUGAGCGACUUCAAGAAUGUGGGCUUGGUGUUUGUCAACAGCAAGAGGGACCGGAGGAAGGCGGUGCUCUGCAUGGCGACGGCCGGCGCCAUCGCGUUCGUGCUUCAUAUCUUGAUAGCGUACACAGAUUUAGGAUACUACAUUAUUAAUAAGCUCCACCAUGUGGAUGAAUCUGUGGGGCAGAAGACAAGAAAGGCUUUCUUAUACCUGGCGGCAUUCCCUGUGUUGGACGCCAUGGCGUGGAUUCAUGCCGGGAUACUUCUCAAGAACAAAUACAGCGUCAUAGUGGGCUCAGCCUCCAUCUCUGAUGUUGUGGCACAGAUUGUGUUCGUGGCCAUUCUCCUCCACAGUAACCUAGAAUGUGUGGAGCCGUUACUCAUCCCAAUCCUCUCCCUGUAUAUGGGUGCCUUGGUCCGCUUCAGCAUCGUCGGUCUAGGUUACUACUGUAACAUUCACGACAACAUCCCAGACUCCAGUGGACUUGAUGUCGGAGGCGACGCCACUAUCAAAAAGAUGCUGAGCUUCUGGUGGCCCCUGGCCCUCAUCCUGGCCACUCAGCGCAUCAGCCGACCCAUCGUCAACCUCUUUGUGUCUCGUGACCUCAAAGGGACCUCUGAUGCUACAGAGGCCGUGGCCGUCCUCACAGCCACAUACCCUGUGGGUCACAUGCCGUACGGCUGGUUAACUGAGCUCAGAGCCGUGUACCCGGCCUUUGACAAGAACAAUCCCAGCAACAAGUUGAGCGCUGGAACUCCUGUCAACAAAUCCCAUAUCAAAAAGUUUACAUUCUGCUGUCUGGCCCUGUCACUCACGCUUUGCUUUGUGGUGUUUUGGACGCCUCAUGUGUCAGAGAAGAUCCUGGUUGAUGUCAUCGGAGUGGACUACAAUUUCGCCGCGCUGUGUGUGGUCCCGCUCCGAAUCUUCUCCUUUUUCCCUCUGCCAGUGACUGUUCGGGCUCAUUUGACUGGAUGGCUCAUGACCCUGAAAAAGACCUUUGUGCUGGCCCCCAGCUCGGUUCUCCGCAUCAUUGUCCUCAUCACCAGUCUAGUUGUGCUGCCUUAUAUGGGGGUUCACGGGGCCACACUCGGGGUCGGAUCCCUCCUGGCCGGCUUCAUAGGGGAGUCAACAAUGGUUGCCAUAGCAGCCUGCUAUGUUUAUCGACAACAGAAAAACAGCGAGAUGUCCAACGAGCUGGUGGUGGAGGGCGAGGACUCGGCCCCGAUGAGCGAGGUGUGCUCCAGGACUCAGAUGGACGCCAUCGAGGAGCUCCAGGAGGAGGAGGAGCAGGAGUGAGCGCUGAUGGAGGGAGGAGGGUAAAGCCCGCCCUCCAUGUGGAACUUUGAGUUGGAAGAGGAGAGAGCGCUCAGUGUUACAGUGAGGAGCUGAGGAUGGUUUGGUUUCUGCAGAGGGACUAAACUUUGGAUCAGAGCGACGAGGUCUUCUGCUGGACCUGCACAUCAUUUAAAACGCACACUGUAAAGAAAGCCAUGCACCUCCAAGUGUUCAUCCAUCAGUGUAAAUAACUUUGUCUUCCGACCUUCAACACAUCAACCGUUGUAUUAACCAGUCACGUGUCUGCUGGUAAACAAGGGAAAUCGACGCAGGAGAACUUUUGCUCCUCCGCAGCAUCAAGAAUGAAACAUCUGUCGAGUGGUAGUGGAGUUGCCAAAAUACAGAGUUUAUCAUUUUAUGUUAUUUUAUCAGGAUGAAGCGGCAAGGCGUUGUUUGAAUUCAAAUAUAGACAUGUUGUGGGACUUGUUGGGUUGUGCAAUCGUAUUUUACAUACCAUGGUGUACAGAUUCUUGUUGUUUUAUAUAGGUAAUGCAAAGUGUAUAUUUAAUGCCCAGGGGGGGUCAGGAACCCCUCCAUAUAUCAUCGCGUGUGUUACAGAAAACAGUUCUGACUGUUCACUUUCCAUGCAGUCUGGGAGUCCAUCUACUUCUUCUGUUUUGCCAAGCAUUUUCCUAGUAGUAUUCAGAUCGUCCUAUGUCCUGUAUAUACUGUAUAGGCAUUCUUAUUUGGCAAAUAAAUUGCUUUAUUAUUAACCUU